AUGUUAAAUCAACAAGAUUCAGCUUCAUUUGAUGAUAGUCGCUUGUAAUAAGACAUGAAGUAAACUGCUUAAUUUUUUAAUCCUCAAUUAAACUCAUUAGGCUAAUCUAUUAGAUUCUAAUAAAAAUAAAUAUAAAAAGUCCCCUUCAAAUCUGCAAAAGAAUAAGCUUUCAAGAUUAGUUCAGAAGGCAAAAAGAAUUUACAAUAUCAGAUUAACACUGAAAAAAAACCUACUCAAACUUUGAAAAAAGUCAUUCAUACUAAAUCUACCAAAUAGUUUGUAUAAAAUAAUCAAAUUACUCCUGCCAUGCAUAAAUUUAGGUAUUAAUUUAUAUUUAAUAAGCUCUCCUCCCAAAUUAAUUAAAGUUCCUUUUGUUAAACCUUUUUCACCACCCCAACCUAAGACUAAUAAUGAAUAAAUUAAUAUACUCUAAAACAAUUCUGUUGCACCUGGCUUUCAAAGAAAUACCAAUAUUAAAUUUGCUCAGCCUCUUAAAAUUUCUGAUAAUGAAUUUAAUAUAAGCAUGGCUGAUGUAUAACCUGUUCGAAAGCCUAUCCCCACAAAACAAACUGAAGAGUUCAAUAAACCUGAAUACCCAUCUUAUUAAAAAUCUUUAUUAGAUAGCAGAUAAUCUCAAUAUAAUAGUGAAUAAAUGCAAAAAUCUAAUUCAACUGCAUUUUUACCCCAAAUUAAUUAAACAAAAAAAAAUUUCAAUAAUCAAUUCUAUGGAUAUGGUUCAAUUGGACAAUAAUCUUAAUAAGAGACUGCUCUAAGAACUAAUUCUUCAAAAUAAACUAUUACUCCUGUCAAUGAAUUUAUUAAUUGCAAUCUACCUAAUGAUGAUGUAGCAAGAAAAUCAAGAACUGCAUAAGUACAUCUUAGAGACUCUCAAGAAUCUCAAAAUCAAAUGAAAUCAGCAUAUAAAUUAAAUAAUAUUGAUAAACCAGAUCAUUUCAAUCAGUUACCAUAAAUAUAAUCCCCUUAAGCAAGUACUAAAUAAUAGUUAGCAUUUUAAUCAACUGGAGGCUCAUAGAAACAGAAACAUUUUCUAUAAAGAAAUCCUUAAAUUAUGAUAAUAAAUAGAUUAUUUUCAUCAAAAUCUGACAAUAACUAAGUUAUUUGA